AUGGCUGAAAGUUCCAGAAAGGGCCGCUCGAUCGCCCGAAAGGCAUGCGAUCUCUGCCGUGAGCGCAAGAUCCAGUGUGUAUUCAACCACGAGAUUUCCUCGACUACGUGCCAAAAAUGUCAGAAGGCGGAGGUGCCAUGCACCUUCUUGACCACACGAAAGCCACGAGGCCCGCCUAGCAGGUACACCCCCUCCCCGCCGACCGACCGUCAGGCGCCCAAGCGUGUUGCCGAGGCGAAGCAGCGCGCUGCCACCGCCAGCACCAGCGACGAGCCCCAGACGCCAACGACGCCUUCAUUCGUCGCACUCGCAAGUCCCACCACCACUACCACCACCACCACCGCCGCCGCCGCUACGAGCUUCCCACAGACGACACAGACGCACCCGAUCCACCAACCCCAUCGGCUUCAGCAGCUACCCGUCGGACAUGUGUCCAUCACAGACUUUGUGCCGGAAUACACCCUCAAGAUCAUCAUUGACGACUUCUUCGACCGCGUCUAUCCCGUGCUUCCCAUUGUGCACGUCGCCACAUACCAAGCCGCCUUUUGCGCGCGACGCUAUGAAACCGACCCCGUAUUCCUUCGCCUGACCAUAUCCCUCUGUGCCGCCACAGUGGCGUCUAUUCCCCGAAGAAUCACAGUCUAUGGCUCAUCCCUGUACGCCGAUGUUGGCCAGAUGGUCGACAGAGCAUCCCAGCUCAUUCUACUGAGCCGCCUGGGGAGCGAGCCCAUGUGGCAGGACCAGCCCACGAUGGACACCAUGCUGGUCUCGCUGGCCUUGACCAUCGCCGCUCUCUACGCAGGCCGCACGGCUUCUGGGUGGAGCUAUGCCGGCGAGGCCAUCCUCUACUUCCGAGCCCUGGAGCUGUACAAGAAGGCCAGCUACCUGCGCUUCACCCCCAUUGAGGCCGAGAUGUGCAAACGGGCUUUCUGGCUGUUGUUCAUCUUUCAGAUGUAUGAACAGCAGCGUGAUCGAUUCUUGUCGCGAUGA